AACUAAUUUGUCUGAGAGUCGAACCAUUAUAACCAUUUAGACUUUAUCAAAAGAACAAUAUAUCAUCUCUUCGAGCGUUGCCUUCCGGUUACAAACAACAGUAUUCUUCCCCAACAUUUCUUUGGGAAACUCAGAGACAGAGGGAGAGAGAUGAAAAUUAAUUGGAAAAGUCUGAUGUACAUCGUCCUAUUGGUGGGGAGUGAGAUUUGGACCGUUCGACAACCAAUUGUCGAGGAUGUUAUACAUCGCAUCAUUGACGCUUUAUGGGGUUUUGCGUCACGGGGAUUGGGGAGAUUGUGGCGACUAAUUGCAGCUCCAGCUCCUGUUCUCUUGGAUCAAGGGCAAGCGGUGCCUGAGUUACAGAAGAUACAGGAAGAGUUGAAGACACGAAUCAAAAGGGUGGAAGCAGAGAAUGAAGUGCUGAGAGAGAAGAAUGGAGCAAUGGAGAAACAAGUGGUUGAUUUACAGAAGAUAGAGGAAGAGUUGAAGACACAAAUCAAAGAGUUGGAAACAGAGAAUGAAGUGUUGAGAGAAAAGAACGGAGCAACGGAGAAAAAGGUAGUUGAUUUACAGAAGAUAGAAGAAGACUUGAAGACAAAAGUCAAAGAAGUAGAAGCAGAGAAUCGAAUGCUGAGUAGGAGGAACCAAAAAAUGCAGAAAAAGGUGAUUGAUUUACAAAAGAUAGAGAAAGAGCUGAAGACAAAAAUCGAAGAGGCUGGAGCAGAGAAUAAAGUGCUGAGGGAGAAUAAUGGAGCAAUGGAGAAAAAGGUGGCUGAUUUACAGAAGAUAAAGGAAGAGCUGAAGACAAAAAUCAAAGGGACGACAGGAACAGAGAAUAAAGUUCUGAGGGAGAAGAGCGAAGCAACGGAGAUAAUGAGCAAGAUUAUUGGUGAAGGAUGGAUACAUAGAGGGCCAUGGGGAGGGAAUGGGGGUGCAUACUGGACUUACAAGGUCGACGUCGCGCCUAUAUUGCAGAUAACUCUUGGUUGGGGAUCAGUUAUCGAUUCAAUUUUAAUCAAAAGCAAAAGUUGCGAUGGCAAUAUUAUAGGAAACUUUCAGAGAAUUGGGGGUCCCGGAGGCCACAAUUUUGUAACGUUCAGAAUCAACAAUUCGGUAGAGCGACUCUCCUCCAUUAGCCUGACAUAUGGACACUACAGAGGAGAACAGACAAUCGCAUCUCUCUGUUUUUAUUCAAAUUUGGACACCUAUGGGCCUUUUGGUUCAGUACGGGAUCCGGAUGAUCCUUCCGUGUCCAUUCCAAUAGAAGAUGAUGUCGUACUGGCUGGAUUCCAUGGACGUGCGGGAAACUUCCUUAAUGCAUUUGGUGUACUUGUAGCACCCAAAGUACUCAAUAGUUCGCACAAGGCAAGCGGAAGUAUGCUCCAUUUGGAGGAACUAAGAUAGGCACAUAUUUUUCUUCAACCUUGUAUAGUGGGAAGGCGGUCGGUUUCUUCGGUAGGGGUGGCUCCUAUUUACAUGCCAUAGGAGUUCACAUGGAGUCAUUGAAUCUCACUUAUAUUCGCAAGAACUGUUUUGGGGCUUGAGGAAAUUGAUUGGGUAUGUUCUCGGAUUAAUGGUGCCUCUAUCCCUAGUAGAAUCUACAAGCUCUUGUUGGCAGCUUCUAUUUACUGGACACACGAAAGGAAUACCAGAGUAUACCAAGGUAAAGCUCUCCCUGCUUCUUUCUUGGGCUCUCACAGUCUCAAUGAAGUUCAGGCAUGCCUAUGCUCUUGUAGAGGCCUCAAACGUAAUGAUGGGAAUCGGAUGCUGGCUAAUGUUUGGGGCUUUAACUCUAGGAUUUUCUAUACCUAGCUGGCAGUUUUGUCUAGCUUCGUUAUUUUCUGUUAGCAUGUGUUUAGGCUAUGGUUCUCGUUGAUUUCCUUGUUAAGGCGCAUUGUUGGUAGUCAUUUUAGAGUCUGUAUUGGAAAAACUCUUGGAUUUUCUGUUUCUUGUCUAAUGCAUGCAAGUUGUUCGAUAAAAUGACUGAAACAAACGCGGUUUAAUGUGUUACCUUGAUUUAGGGGUGUGCAGAGUCUCUUCACUUUUUGGAGGGUAUUGAAUUAACUGUUUGUUAAAUUGCAGAGGAAAGCUACUCAUUUGCUUUCGCUCCAAGUUUGAAGUUGCUUGCAGCUUGUGAGAAUGGAAUCAGCAGAGUUGGGUAGAAGCGUCCAUGCGUGCUUAUAUGAGCUAGGUCAUGGUCCAAUGCGUUUGUGGGCAUUUCUCUUGUCGACACAUAUUCUGCUUGUGGCCGUGUUGAUGAUGCUAGAGAGGCAUCGGAUGAUAUUUACUUGCAAGGACAUGGAGGCUCUGAGGGCUUUUGAGUAUAUGCAGAAAACAAAAACUGAAAAAGCUGACAAAUUGACAUUCGUUGGCAUUCCUACUACAGCUUGUGGCAAUACGGUGUUAUUAGACACAGGUCAAGCUUGUUUCACUUCUUUUGUACAUGAUUGUUUAUAAGCUAACUGAGGAAAUGCCAUUCGAGCCUUCUGUUAUGAUUCGGCGUGCUUUGCUAAUGGCAAGCAUUCGAACCCCUUGAUGAGGCAACCUAUGUGUGUGUUACUCUCAAA